AUGGAGGCAUCGCCCAUUACUCUCACACUCAACCCCCCCGCCUUCUCCCUUCCGUUUCCUCACUACAAUUCAGCUAUCCUUCUCAUCUAUCUUCUGACCACCACUCCUCUCCCUCACUUUCACAAACCUCACCACCGCGCAUCUCCUCCCGACUACACACCCCUCUCUCCUCCCCACUACCUCCGUACCCCACGGCUUCAGAACUUCGGGAUCCCCAUUCUCUCACUCCGGUCGACCGUCCACUGGAAAUUCAACACCCACUCACACCUCCAAACCUCUCCUCCCACCGACCCCUCUACCUAUCCACACCGCAUCAUCCGGAGACACUCCACCUCGCCCUCACACUAA